AUGGACGACGCGCCGCCCGACAUGCCCUCCACCCAGGCGCACGCCCAUCCCGACGCCCAGGCCACCGUCACCGACUUCCUCGACUACACCGAGUUCUACCCAUCCGACCUGGCUCGCUCCCUGACCUUGAUCGCGAAGCUCGACAAGCUGUAUGCCGAGGCAGCCGACCGCGUCCACAAGCUCACCCUCCUCUACGGCCAUCUCCCCAAGCUUCCCCAGGCCGAACGACCCGAUCCCCAGCAGCUGCGCAAGGACAUCUCCAAAGCCCUCAUCGACGCUGAGCGCUUUCGCGAGUCCGCCUAUGCCGAAGCUGCCCGCCUGCACGAGAACACCGAACGCCAUGCCACCCGUCUGGUCACAAUCAAGAAGAAGCUACAGGCUUUGCCCGAGCCGCCUUCGCGCGACCCCACACCCGCCCCCGCUCCAUCGCCACAGCAAACCCGCAGCCGCAAGGUCGACCUGGACAGGACACCGCGCAUAACAUUGCAUUUCGGCGAGACCACUCCACGUCCCCGGCCUACAUCGACCGCCCGCGUGCAGAAGCACCGCGAACGGAAGCGCAAGCGCGCACAGGAAGCUGCUCGCGGCAUUGCGCCUGGCCAAGGCCUUGAUCGGAACCCUGACUCUCCCCAACCAAGUUCUGAGUGGGAUGAUGGUGCUUCUGAUAUUGAUGGCGAUAUUGACAUCGACACAGUGUCGGGCGUCAAGAUACCAAAGCUCAAGGGCUCCAAGCAAAAGACGCCCAAGUCAGGACGUGCCCCGCGCCAACCUGGCAUGGGCACAAAUGUCCACAGCUCUGUUGCUGGCAUCUCCACCAGCAACGCCCUGGCUCAAUUGACGCCGCCGCCUCCCGACGCUCAACCCGGCAGCAAGUACGCCCCGUGGCACAAGCUCACCGAGUACGAGAUGGCUGUGCUCCGCAAGACGAUGAAGAAGAAUGCCAUCUGGCAGCCCAGCGACACUAUGAUCCGACGCGAAUUGUCCAGCAAGGGACGGGGUUGGGAGAACUACAAGAAGGCCCGCGAGCGGGCCGAGGAGACAGGCGAAGCGUUUCUUGACGAGUCGCCCAUGGACCCAAACAAGGAGGUCCUCGACCCGGGUGAGACGAGUUUCAAACCCCUCGGCAAGGAAGACAACAAUCUGAUCAACCGGGGCAUGAAGCUCAAUGAGAUGAAAAAGCUCAAGAGGGAGGCCACGGCACGUGAGCAAGCAGCCCGCGACGCCCAGGAAAUCGAAGACGCCAGCCGCCGAAUGGCCGAGGCAAGUGCCGUCAUCAAAAACGUCUUUGAUGGGCCUGUUCCGACCCCCAUUCCCGUCGUCAAGGACAACAAGUCCAAGUCCGCCAAGAAGCGGAAGCGCGACUCGACUCCCGACGCCUCCAAGACCGAGCAGCAAUCGGGCUCUUCUCAGCCCCCAGACACGGCAACUCGUCGUCCCUCUGGCCCGAAGAAGCUGAAGUUGGGCCCUCCGGCACCGCCCAAGACUGAGAGUGCCGAACCGCCCUCUCCGACAGCUGCGAAGCCUCAGCCCUCUCCACCCGCUCAGAUCUCGACCACUCAAGUUCCUCUUGCACCCGAAGGGCCGAGCUCUCCUCACGCUCCAAGCCGGCCCUCAACUCGACAUCAGACUCCGGCUCUUGCGUCUCCGACUGAGGCCCCCAACCCUCCUGCUCCCUCCACUGCCGCUGGAACCCGCUCCCGUCGCACUUCUGUGGUACCUAAAGCUUCGACGCCUCUCGAAGCCGGCAAUGCUGUCGACGAUCAUGCUCGUCCACGAUCGCGUGCCGGUUCAUCAACGAAGGCCGCUUCUGCUGAACCGCCCAUCAAGCGCGAGCCUCGCGAAUUGCGUGAACUGCGCCGUGGAAGCAACGUCAGCAUUCUCCCCGCUGCAGACCAGCCAAGCUCUGGCAAUGCGUCUGCGGGAACACCCGGAUCGGGAAUGCGUCUCCCAUCUCGGCGCAGCAAGCGACCGGCGCCUGGGGCCAUGACCGAGGACAAAAAAGUCGUCAUCGGCAGACGGUCGACUGCACCCAAGAAGAAGAGCAGGAAGAUGGAGGACAAGGCAGAUGUGAUGCAGUAUGAGGCGAUUGAAGACAUUGACCCAAACGAGCCGAGAUACUGCCUCUGUGGGGAUGUCAGCUACGGGCCCAUGAUUGCCUGUGAUUAUGAGAAUUGUGAGAAAGAAUGGUUCCACCUCGGCUGCGUUGGUUUGACAGAGCGCGAGCAACCGCGACGCCGCGACGCGUGGUACUGUCCUCAGUGUAGGAAUGUCCUUCAUGUCGACGUAAGCGGCAAUCCAGUGGAUAAUGGUAAACGUCGUUAG